UGGUGACAAGCUAUUUCAUUUAUUUGUUUCGCUGUAUGUUGUGAGGAAUUGUCGGCUAAACUAAGUUUUCAAUUUCUCUAAAAAUAAAGAAGCUUUGACAUGAGUGCAAUUAUGAAUCUGCAUCAAAACCAUACAGAAAUGUUUUCACAGCCGAAACAAGUUGGUUUUAGUCCUUAUGAAAGCAAUGAAGGAAGCAUUGUAGCAAUUGGUGGAGAAGACUUUGCUAUUAUUGCCUCUGAUACAAGAUUGUCAACUGGAUACAGCAUUUACUCACGAAAUCAACCAAAAUUAUUCAAAUUAUCGGAUAAAACUGUUCUGGGUUCUGCUGGUUGUUGGUGUGAUGUACUUACUCUAACAAGGAUUCUUGAAGCAAGAAUGAAGAUGUAUCGGCAUGAACAUAAUAAAGAGAUGAGCACUCCUGCAGUUUCUCAACUGUUGUCUGCAUUGCUAUAUUAUAAGAGAUUUUUCCCAUAUUAUGCAUCUAAUGUGGUUGCAGGUUUGGAUGAAGAUGGUAAAGGUCGUGUUUACAGUUAUGAUUCCAUUGGCAGUAAAGGAUGUGAAAAGUAUAUAGCAGCUGGAUCUUCCCAACAUUUACUGCAGCCAUUGUUAGAUAAUCAAGCUGCUUUUAAGAACAUGGAAGGGGAACGCCCACCACCCUUGACCUUGGAAAAAGCCAUAUCUUUAGUGCAAGAUGUUUUCACCUCAGCUGCAGAAAGAGAUAUAUAUACUGGUGAUAGUGUUGUGAUGAACAUAAUCACUAAGGAUGGCAUCAAGCAAGAUACAUUUUCUCUUCGAAAAGAUUAAACUGUAUGCUUUCUUACAUAAAUAUUGUCCUUUUUCCAAUACAUGUAUCUUUUUCAGAAUAAAAUUGUAAUGCUCUUAA